GUCCGCUGGAGAAGAGGCGCGCCGCCGCCCGCCCGCUCGCCGCGUCCCCCUCGGCUGCUCGCGCCCGGCCCCCGGUCUCCCUGUCGCGCUCGGCCCCGAGGGCAUGCGGCAGCAGCAGGGGUCUCCGCUCCCGGGCUCCGCGGCGCGGGCGAGCGUCAGCGGAUGUUCAGUUCUUCUCCACAAUGAAUGAGUGUUACUAUGAUAAGCAGAUGGACUUUUUUUAUAAUAGGAGCAACACUGACACUGCCAAUGAGUGGACAGGAACGAAGCUUGUAAUUGUUUUGUGUGUUGGAACAUUUUUCUGCCUGUUUAUCUUUUUUUCUAAUUCUCUGGUCAUCGCAGCAGUAAUCAAAAACAGAAAGUUUCAUUUCCCCUUCUACUACCUGUUGGCUAACCUAGCUGCUGCAGAUUUCUUUGCUGGAAUUGCCUAUGUAUACCUGAUGUUUAACACUGGCCCAGUUUCAAAAACUCUGACUGUCAACCGCUGGUUUCUCCGCCAGGGGCUUCUGGACACUAGCUUAACAGCCUCCCUGACCAAUUUGUUGGUUAUUGCCGUGGAGAGGCACAUGUCAAUCAUGACGAUGCGAGUCCACAGCAACCUGACGAAAAAGAGAGUGACGCUGCUCAUCUUGUUCGUCUGGGCCAUUGCCAUCUUUAUGGGGGCUGUCCCCACACUGGGCUGGAAUUGCCUCUGUGACAUCUCUGCCUGCUCUUCCCUGGCCCCCAUUUAUAGCAGGAGUUACCUCAUUUUCUGGACUGUGUCCAACCUCAUGGCCUUCUUCAUUAUGGUCGUGGUGUACCUGCGGAUCUACAUGUACGUAAAGAGGAAAACCAACGUCUUAUCUCCGCACACAAGUGGGUCCAUCAGCCACCGGAGGACACCCAUGAAGCUAAUGAAGACGGUGAUGACUGUCUUAGGGGCCUUUGUUGUGUGCUGGACACCAGGUCUGGUGGUUCUGCUGCUCGACGGCCUGAACUGCACGUGGUGCAACGUGCAGCAUGUGAAAAGGUGGUUCCUGCUGCUGGCGCUGCUCAACUCCGUCAUGAACCCCAUCAUCUACUCCUACAAGGAUGAGGACAUGUACAGCACCAUGAAGAGGAUGCUCUGCUGCUUCUCGCAGGAGAAGCACCCGGAGCGGCGGCCCUCCCACAUCCCCUCCAUGGUCCUCAGCCGGAGCGACACGGGCGGCAGCCAGUCUAUGGAGGAUAAUAGCAACCGAGGCCAGGUCUGCAACAAGAGCAGCUCCUAGGCUGCAACGCCCCUCUGCCUGGCCCAGCCUCCUCUGGGAGAACUGUUCAGAAUGGUUACCUGUCUCCAACUAAGCCCACGUACAGUGUUAUGUGAGCUCUGAAUGAGUCACUGGGAAAUUUUUUUACAAAUUGUUUUUCAUCAUUUAAAAGCGUGGGCAGGAAAGAGAGGACACGAUGCAUUUAGAGAAAACGCACAGAAAGAGGGAAGGCAGCGCCGUGGAUUCCUGCCUGACAUCCCGUGAACCCCUUGGAGCAUCGCCCACCAGGCCGUGCAUCCUGGGCUCUGCCACCAUCUUGUAGCCAUUCUCGCUGUGUUUCCAAAGGAUGCUGUUAAAGGGCUUAGGCCAAAAUAAAUAAAAAUGUUACUUGAGCCACCUUAUGUAGCUGCUUGGAAAACCUAUGUAGUUCUUUCUGCAUACAUUUGAAAUUUUAAAAAAUGCUUCAGCAGUGAUGUUUUUCUCCUCAAAGAAAUCAUGGCCAGUAGCUAAGUGUUCAAUAGGAAUCUCAGAAUAACAAAUCAGUCAGGGCUCCAGAUUAAUUAACUUGAUUUUUAACUGAAAGAACAUUCUGAGGAAAAAGAUUUACUUUGAAGUAAUAACAAAAAAGGUAAAUGUUAAAAACUCUUCUUGCAGGAAAAAAAAAAAAAGAGGCUUUGAUGUGGUCCUCUCAGUGUGCGUGUGUGUGUAUACACACCUGUAUAUUUAUACACUUCAAAUUUGUAUUUAAAGACAUCACAGAUAGUGAUGGUGAAAUAAAUUCACUGACCACCUAGACUUUCCAGUCUAGGACUACAGUUGUAGAAAUGACCUGUUGUGCUCUAAAAUAGAAAGAGGUGAUUUGUUUGAAAACAGACAUUCAGCAGGGUAAAAAUGUAUAUUAGCAUGCAGGCUGAGUUCCUUGCAUAUAGGAUCAAACAUGAGCUUAAAUGAGUCUUCCUAUCCAGUUCCUUCCAUGCCACUGGUGACUUGUCAGAUUUAGUAUUUAGAAUAAUUUUCACACCUCAUAUUUUACCCACAGUUAUUGACAUGUUUCCACUACUUGUUUUACUUGACUGAAUUUUGAUCUGGGUUCUAUUUAAAAGUUUUCUCCUUCAAAGACCUAAGCAGGCAACAUGAAAGACAAGUCAGUAAGAAAAAAAAAAGUUUUAUAUACAUAGGCUACUGACCAGAGUUUUCUAUGUAAAGCAUAUAGAAUAUCUUUUGAUUCUAAAAUGAGAAUAACUUCAAGGCAGAUAUUAUAGUAUUUAUGUAGUUUGCAAAAGAAGUUUACAUUUUUUUUUGCUAUUGUGGUGUAACAUUUAUGUGCAAGAACUACUUGUAAUAAAAGGAUUUGAGAAGUCAUGCUUUUAGAUAUAAUGGCCUAAAAUAGAGAGUAGUAUGAUUUGAAGGUAUAGAUUUCACAAACUGUGUAGUCAGUGGGUCUAUCUGAAGCUUAUA